CGAAAUGGAAACUUUGCAAAAUACCGGAGCUGCCCGUCCGCCUAACGCGUUCAACAAAAGAUAUUCGAAUCAAGAGACCAGUACGCCGGGGGAAAAUGCACUGAAGAGAUUGCUCGAGAUCAAGGAGGAUAUCAGAAUCGACGGUGUAUAUGGGUUUCGUCGCGUCACCGACUCGAAGGAAAGAAUAGGAUUCUUGCUUAACAUGCAUGCGACGGAGAUCGUGGAGGAUGACAAGCGUCUGUUGAGCGGCGUGGAUUAUUACUUUAUUGAGGAAGAUGCCACCAGAUUUAAAGUGUCAUUGCCAUUUUCACCAUACUUUUACGUUUUAUGUCGUAAAGAUACGUUUGAAGAAGUGUCGACAUUUUUGUCCAAAAAGUACAUGGGAAUUUUGACAAAAAUCGAGACCGUUUACAAGGAAGAUCUUGACUUGCCUAAUCACUUGAUUGGUUUGAGACAAAAAUACCUGAAACUUUCCUUCGCGAAUACUGUCGAUUUAAUAAAAGUCAAGCGCGACAUUAUGCGCGUUGUUAGAGUUAACAAAGAGCGAGAGAAAAGUAAUACUUACUACACAGACAUGCUGGCAACUACUUUGCAACCGAACGAACAGGAUAGCGGUAGACAAACAUUAGAUCACAUGGAUAAUAUUCUUGACAUUAGGGAAUAUGACGUACCUCAUCAUGUCCGAGUAUCCAUAGACGCUAACAUCUUCUGUGGAAUUUGGUAUUCUGUAAAAAGCAGAGGAAGCGAACCACCUAUAAUCACGCGAAAAGAAGACAUGAUUGAACUGCCUGAACCUAUUGUAUUAGCGUAUGAUAUUGAAACUACAAAGCUGCCAUUGAAGUUUCCAGAUGCCAGUUUUGAUCAGAUUAUGAUGAUAUCAUAUAUGAUAGAUGGACAGGGAUAUUUAAUAACGAAUAGAGAAUUAGUCUCUGCCGACAUACGAGAUUUCGAAUAUACGCCAAAACCGGAAUUCGAGGGUCCUUUCACGGUAUUCAACGAGCCUAAUGAGAAAGCAGUUAUAGUGAAAUUUUUCGAUCAUAUUAACGAAAUAAGGCCGCAUAUAUUUGUAACGUAUAACGGUGAUUUCUUUGACUGGCCGUUUGUUGAAGCUCGAGCAGCUAUACAUAAUAUGGAUAUGAAAGAGAAAAUUGGUUUCUCUAAAAAUCGCGAAGGUGUUUACGUCAGUAGAGCUGCUAUGCACAUGGAUUGCUUAUGCUGGGUUAGACGUGAUUCUUAUCUACCAGUGGGUUCUCAAAACUUGAAAGCUGUUGCUAAAGCUAAGUUGAGAUAUGAUCCAGUGGAACUUGAUCCAGAAGAGAUGUGCAGAUUAGCAUCGGAAGAACCUGAAGUACUCGCGAAUUAUUCUGUCUCUGAUGCUGUGGCAACAUUUUAUCUCUAUCACAAAUAUAUUCAUCCCUUCAUAUUUGCAUUAUGCACUAUUAUUCCCAUGGAACCUGAUGAAGUACUCAGAAAGGGAUCUGGUACACUGUGUGAAUCACUUCUUAUGGUACAAGCUUUCCAAGCUAAUAUUAUAUUUCCUAACAAACAAGAAACCGAACUAAAUAAACUGACAAAGGAUGGUCAUUUACUGGAUCAAGAAACGUAUGUGGGUGGACACGUGGAAGCUUUAGAAUCGGGUGUUUUUAGAGCUGACAUUCCUUGUCGUUUUAAAAUUGUUCCGAGCGCCGUAGACGAAUUAAUUAAUGGUGUAGAAAAUGCCUUGAAACACACGAUACAAGAAGAAGAAAAAGUAUCAAUCGAUAUGGUUACGAAUUUUAAUGAAAUUGUAGAUGAAGUUAAGGGAAAAUUGAAGGAACUUAAAGACCAACCUUUGAGAUUAGAAAAUCCCGUAAUUUAUCACUUAGACGUAGGCGCUAUGUAUCCCAAUAUAAUUUUAACCAAUAGAUUGCAACCUUCUGCGAUAGUAAAUGAAAUAGAUUGCGCGGUAUGCGAUUAUAACAAACCUGACGCUCUUUGCCAGAGAAAAAUGAAAUGGAUGUGGAGAGGCGAAUAUUUGGCUGCAAGUUUGGGUGAAUAUCAAAGAAUAAAGCAACAACUAGAAACUGAAAGAUUUCCACCACAAUUUCCUGGUGGCUCUAAGAGAGCUUUUCACGAAUUGACCACGAAAGAGCAAGCUACAUUUCAAAAAAACAGGCUUACCGAGUAUUGUAAAAAGGCUUACAAAAAGGUCAAAAUUACCAGAAUGGAAGAGAGAACGCAAACGAUUUGUCAGAAGGAGAAUUCAUUUUACGUAGACACUGUGAGAGCGUUUAGAGAUAGAAGAUACGAAUAUAAAGCAUUAACUAAGGUUGCUAAACGGCAAGUAGCAGCAGCAAUCGCGAAAGGAGAUGCAGCUGACAUAAAAUCCGCUAAGAAUAGAGAAGUUUUGUACGAUUCUCUUCAGCUUGCUCACAAAUGUAUUCUCAAUUCUUUCUACGGCUACGUUAUGAGAAAAGGGGCACGAUGGCACAGCAUGGAAAUGGGUGGCAUCGUAUGUUACACAGGUGCUCAUAUUAUCAUGAGAGCUAGAGAAAUUAUAGAACAGAUUGGUCGCCCAUUGGAACUGGAUACUGAUGGUAUAUGGUGCAUAUUACCUGCGUCUUUUCCAGACUCUAUUAUAGUUCACACUACUCAUGAAAAGAAGUCGAAAUUUACGAUCUCGUAUCCGAAUGCGGUUCUCAAUUUUAUGGUGAAAGAUAAAUUUACUAACGAGGUUUAUCAUGAUCUUGUGGAUAAAGAUAAUUUAACGUAUGAAAUCAGAAGUGAAAAUUCGAUAUUUUUUGAAGUUGACGGACCAUAUUUAGCGAUGGUAUUACCCGCUGCUAAAGAAGAAGGAAAGAAAUUGAAGAAACGAUACGCAGUUUUUAAUUUCGAUGGUUCACUAGCCGAACUAAAAGGAUUCGAAGUGAAAAGAAGGGGUGAAUUGCAACUGAUAAAAAUUUUUCAAGCCUCUGUUUUUGAAUCCUUCUUAAAAGGAAACACAUUAGACGAAUGUUACGCUUCGGUUGCGAAGGACGCAGAUUAUUGGCUGGAUUUAUUAUAUAGCAAGUGUGCGAAUAUGCCCGAUUCCGAAUUGUUCGAACUCAUAUCCGAGAACAAAUCCAUGUCGCGUAAAUUGGAAGAUUACGGUGCACAGAAGUCCACGUCCAUUUCUACGGCUAAAAGAUUAGCUGAAUUCUUGGGCGACGAGAUGGUUAAAGAUGCAGGUUUAGCUUGCAGAUAUAUUAUAGCGAAUAAACCGCAAAGCGCGCCAGUUACCGAGCGCGCGAUACCGUUGGCUAUCUUUCAGUCGGAACCGGCUGUGCGAAGACAUUACUUGAAGAAGUGGUUGAAGGACCCCACUUUGUACAGCGAUGAUAUAAGAGAUAUUUUGGACUGGAAUUAUUACAUUGAGCGACUCGGGAGUGCUAUUCAAAAAAUUAUCACCAUACCAGCGGCGAUGCAAGGCUUACCGAAUCCAGUUCCACGAGUGCAGCAUCCACCUUGGUUACAUAAGAAAGUGUCAGAGAAGAAUACAUCUCAUCGUCAGAAAAAGAUCACAGAUAUAUUUUCUGUUGUAGCUAAAGACACUUCUCAUACGAACAACACCGAAGAACCCCGCGAUAUUGAAGAUCUCGCAGGACCGUCUACUAGCUUCAAUACUCCAAUUUCGGUUGUUAACAAGAGGAAAAGGCAGCAUUUAGAUGAGGAUGAGACAAUCAGAGCCAGAAGUUGGAAAGAAGCUUUGGGUUCGCCUCCUCCCAAGGGAACAACGAGAAAAGAGUUGCUUAAAUGGUUGGAGUUUCAUAAGAAAAAGUGGGCUUUUCAGGCUAAACAGAGGCAUCAGCAUCGGCAGAAGAGGAGUAAGACCGACGAAAAUGAUAGAAUCGCCUGGGGGGUUAUACGAAAUACGAAUACGUCUACCAUGACCGGCUUUUUGAGACGCGCUCAAAGGAAAUUACUGGAAACUCCAUGGCAAAUCAUUCAGCUGUCAGAAACGGGUGAACCCGGCAUGUUUCGAUUGUGGAUAUUGGUUGACACGCAAUUGCAUCAAGUGCGUCUCGUAGUACCUCGUAUAUUUUACGUGAACACCCGCAAAGCAAGGCCCGAUCCAGGACCUAAUGAGCUCUGGAAGAAGAGCUUCAAAUCUUUACCACGCUCUCGGCCGGUGUACAACUUGUAUCAAUAUUCUCUACCAGAAUUUCUAUUUCAAGAGCACAGCCGGGAACUCCUGGAGGACUUGAGUAAACCAGAAAUUGAAGGAAUCUAUGAGACGCAAAUGUCAUUAGAAUUUCGGGCUAUAUUGCAAUUGGGAUGCGUGUGUAUAGUCGACCCGCGUGCCGCGCGGAAAAUGGUAGACGGAGCCGAUACCUUCACUCUGGAUCAAUUGGAAUUCAAGAGCAUCGCCUUUCAACCUUACCUCAAGCAAACCGGAUCGAUCAACUACAUAUUCCUCUAUCAUCAUUGGAGUUCAAACCGUCAAAGAGCACUGUGGGGCUUAUUCUUAAGCGCCAGCAAGAGAAGUCAUAUAUUCGUCUUAGAUUCAGUCGCUUCCAAUCAACUGCCGAACAUGAAUACACUGUACACGCAGGAACGUAAAGCAACAUUGGAGAAAAAUGGCGAAGACAAGAUAAAUAGGUUGCCUAAAACUAUGCAGUUCGUCGUGCAAGUUGAAACGAACUUCCAACAGGUGUGCCGUACAUUGCAGGCAGCCUUGACGACAUAUAAAAACGAAGCCCACGGAGCAACGAUUAUUAUUAAUCAAACCGCUCUCGACAGGACGGUUUUAACUACCGAAAUGCCGCUUCUCAAUGACUUCCCUCUUGUCAGCACGCACGUGCGAGAUGUUGAGAAUCUGUACAGCACGUUAGAAUGGCAGAAGACGGGCGCGAAAAUGAUGAUCAGACACUACCUGAAGAGUCAACAGAUAAUCGAAUUAAUCGCGGAACAAUGCCGAUUCUUCCACGCUCCUAUCGGCAACGUACCCGCGGAUCCCACGCUCUUCGGCGCGGAUUUAUUCUACGCCAGACAUUUGCACAGGAACAAUUUUGUCCUGUGGUGCUCGCCUACGGAGAAACCCGACUUAGGCGGCAGCGAGAACGACGAUAACAGGCUACUGACGGACUUCGAGGAGAGUUCGAGCUGCGCUGCGAACAAUCCGGGCACAUAUUCCAGCGUUUGCGUCCAAUUGGAUGUAGAAAGUCUGGCGGUUAAUGCAUUGUUACAAUACCAUCAUAUUCACGAUAUAGACGGAACCAGCACGUUUGUGGCGUUUCACACUCAGCAGCGUCCAUCCGUUCAGGACAUGGCAGUGGGUGGUGAUGCCGCGACAGUUAUUCCCAGCUACGAUGAAAUCACUCUGUGCAAUCCGGCGUUUAAAACAUUACGAAGCAUGGUAAACGCAUGGUUGCUCGAGGUAUCCGUUUAUAAAAAUGUAUUCGCGGACUAUCAGCUGAUCCACUUCUAUCGGUGGCUGAGGUCUCCAAGUGCCUUGCUUUACGAUCCUGCUCUACGUCGUACUCUACACACUUAUAUGAAGAAGUUAUAUAUACAGUUAAUAGCAGAGUUCAAAACGUUGGGCUGUAUUAUAGUCUUUGCAAACUUCAACAAGAUUAUCGUGUGCACGAAGAAAAGAUCUGUGAACGAUGCUUUAGGCUAUAUAGAAUUUGUUGUUCAAACUAUACGAAACAAAGAGCUGUUUCACAGUAUUGAAAUUACGUUUGACCAAUGUUGGGAAUAUAUAAUAUGGCUUGACUUGCACAAUCAUGCUGGCAUUAAAGGACAGCUAACUAGAGAUGAUGCGGAAGAUGAGAAUACUGAAAAUGAUGACGAUGACGCGCCUCAAAUAAUGAUGAAUUGGAGUUUGAUGGAAUGCCUGCCUAAGGAAGCAGGAUGUCAAGCGAGUUUUAACGCUGUAGUAGCAGGAUAUAUAAACGUAGUGUAUCAAUGUAUGAUUGAGAACGAAGCCAAUAACAGUGUAAGGCCGAGAAGAAGACACAGCCAAAGUCAAUCUUUUAUAGCACCACUUGGUCUAGGUGCAUUGGAAAAUACAGCCGAGUUUGCGAAAAAAUUGAUAUCAGGAGAAAUGUCUCAAAGAUUGUUCAAAAUAGUCCAAAAAAUACAUCGGAAUUUGCCGGAAAAGACAUUGACUCUCGAAGAAUAUCCUAAUCUGGAUAUGGGUGGAAAAGAAAGUAUAAAGAUCAAUCCUGCGCUUGAAUUAAUCAAAGCAGUAUGCAAGGUUUUAUCUCUGGACAAAGAAGUAGAACACGAGGUUCAUGACUUAAAGUCAAAUCUGUUACGACUGAUCGGAGUCGGCAGCUAUGGCGACAAUGUCGAGUGGAAAGAGCCGUGUAUUUCUCUUAUUCUACCAGAAGUUAUAUGCAAAGCAUGCAAUCAUACAAGAGAUAUUGAUCUCUGUAAAGAUCAAUAUUACACAAUUGAAAAUAGCAGGCACAUGUGGAAAUGUCCUAUCUGUGAUACGUCGUAUGACAAUACAGAAAUAGAAUUUUCUUUGAUUGACAAAUUGAAUCGCAAAAGUAUGGGUUACGUGUUGCAAGAUCUACAAUGUCGGAAGUGUAAGGAAAUCAAGCGAGAAAACAUGAACAUGUUAUGUUCUUGUUCAGGCGAUUACGAUAAUUUAAUAUCGCGGGACGAAGUCACAACAUAUGUAAAUAUAUGUAAAUCUAUAGCCACCAAAUGUAAAAUGAAUAUUUUAGCAGAGAUAGUAGACAACACGAAACUCUUUACGGGUUAGUAAUUAAAUUAAGAAUUGCCUUCUCUUGUAUGAUAAUUUAUAUCGAGAUUUAUUAAAUUUUUUUAAC